CGUCUUGAAGCACUCAAGAGUUAUCACAGUACAGGCAUGCUGUGCCCGUCUGUUUUAGGACUGUGCUGUAUCUCACAACAACUGUAGGCAUCAUCACCUUGGGGGGGGUUUCUUCUCAAAAGAAUUCCCACCCCGAUAUGCUUCCAUCCAGCGGAGCUUCUGGCACGACAAGAAAUCGCAUUGUUUGAGAAAAACCUUCGUCUCAAACUCUCUGGCCCUCGUGUCUGCUUAAAGUUGGGCCCUUCCGGAGCGGUAGCCGGCGGCCUAGGAUCACCUAAGGUACCGUAGCAACUUCCACAGCUGAUCUCUGGCGGGAUGAUGCCGGUGGAUAUCUGGAAAGCUCUUUCCAAAGCAACGUUUCAUUGACUCAUCGACGACUUCGCCCUACAAACCAGAUAUAUUAGCUGCGACAUCAAUAGACAAGGGCAGACAACGACCCAGAGAGUCGUUCGAGGUUACGAUAGCCAUGUCUCCUGCAGAGUUCCCCCUCUCGCCGAGGGAUGACUUAAUCCAGUCGUACCAGGGUCAAUCCCUCCACGACGUUCCUGUGCCUGCAGCAGUCAUUGACGUGGCAAAAGUGAAAGCGAAUUGCCAGGCCAUGCUUGAUGCCGUGGAGCAACUCGACGUCAGUUUUCGUGCUCAUGUCAAGACUCAUAAGACCUUAGAGAUCACCAGACUCCAAGUCGGCAAUGAGUGCAAAGACGUGCGGUUGAUCGUGUCCACGGUAAUCGAAGCCGAGCAAUUGGUCCCUUUACUCUCGGACUACAAACAACGCAAUGCUAAGGUCAAUGUCCUCUAUGGCGUGCCUUUGGGUCCUUCCCACGUUCAUCGACUGGCCGCUGUAGGGCGUGAGCUAGGUGACGGAUCCAUCACGACAAUGAUUGAUAAUCCAGGACAGCUCGAGUCAUUGAAGGCUUUCCGACAGAUCGCUGGAUUUGCCGCGUCUGUUUUCAUAAAAACUGACUCGGGCUAUCACCGAGCAGGACUCGGUCCCGGAUCGCCAGAGAUGAAGGCACUCAUUGAGCAAAUCGCCGGUGCCGAGGAAGAAGGCUACCUCCGUCUCUUUGGGUUUUAUUCGCACAACAGUCUCAGCUAUGGUGGUUCCUCACCUGAUCAUGCGAUGGAUAUGCUCAAGACAGAGAUUGAUGUCUGCCGCGAAGCUUCUCGACACUUCAAAUCGAAGCAUCAGUCGCCGCUGGUCGUGUCUGUUGGUGCAUCACCUACCGCGCUGUCACUUCAGAACUUACUGCCAUCGAUAUCAAGUUCAACCAGCUCCGCAACUGCUCUGAAAGACACGUUGGAGCUGACAAGAUCAAACCUUGAGCUCGAGAUUCAUGCUGGAGUUUAUCCGAUAUUCGACAUACAGCAGGUAGCUGCUAGUAGUCGUCACCUUUCCUCUGAUCCUCACGAUCUCAUUGCUGCAUCUGUCAUUGCCGAGGUUUGCUCCAUAUACCCCACGCGCACCGAACAGCCAGAAGCUCUUAUCUCGGCAGGAGGACUUGCUUUAGCUCGAGAACCCUGCAAAGAUUACCCAGGAUGGGCCGUCGUCAGUCCCUGGAACAUGCCAAAAGGAUACCAAAUCGGCAAAGGAGACCGUAUCAUUGUUAGUCGGAUCAGUCAAGAACAUGGCAUUCUAGGCUUCGAGAACAAGCAGUCGGAUCGUGAGCUUCCAUUGACAUAUGGACAGAAGCUGCGCUUGUGGCCCAACCAUGCUUGCAUCACACUUGCAAUGUUUGGGUGGUACCUCGUUGUGGAUUCAAGCACGCAGACGCCCAACAAGAUCGUCGACGUCUGGGUCAGGUGGCGUGGCUGGUAGGAUCCGAUGUUUCCUCGGCUGUCGAGCCGAUCGUUUCUUACAGCCCCAAGAUCAGACGCAUCCAAACCACUGAGACCAUGCCAGAUGAGCUGCUGCUGGGUUGGAGCUCAUACUAGCAAGCGUCCCAUGGACGUCUCGGAUGGACAACUAGACUCUUGUCAGAUUACGGGCCGGGGUGAUACUCUGUCUUAUCAGUCCAGAGUCUCGUGAAGGAUUCGAUCGAACAGUCCGGCUACCUGAAUGCGUCACUCUGAGUAUACCACCGGAGUGGCUUC